GAACGACCCACGGCUGGUCAAGGACCGCAGAUGGCUGUGCGUGUUCAAGAGCGCUUUGCCCUUGCAAUUCUGGGUUGCACCGGCGUCGGAAAGUCCGCGCUGACCCUCAAGUUUGUCAGGGAUGAGGUGUUGUUGGAGCACGACCCAACCAUUGAGGACCUGCACAAGAAAGACAUCGUGGUGAAGGGAUCACAGCUCUGCCUUGAGAUCGUGGAUACGGCCGGGCAAGAGACUUACACAUCUUUGCGGAGGAGUUGGCUCCAAAAUGGCAAGGGCUUCCUCUUUGUCUUCUCGCUGGCUGAUCGGCAAACACUCGAGGGGCUUUUGGCAUUUCGCGACGAGCUCCGCAGUGUCUACGGCGAGGAGGUGCCUCCCAGCGUAAUUGCUGCCAACAUGGCGGACUUGAGGUGGGACGUCUCGGAGGAAGAUCUGCGACGACUGCAGACUGGCUGGCCCAAUUGUGUGAAGGUGCUUGAGACUUCGGCAGUGACGGGCCAGAAUGUCCAGGAAGCCUUUGAGCAGCUCUGCUCGGCUGUCCAGGACCAUCAGCAACGACAACGGAGGCUUCAGCGAGAGGCCGCGUUGCAGCUCUCCUCGAGCCAGCAAUCGACAGACAACUGUGCCCGGUGCCGGCUGGCGCAAUGUUUCGCAAGCUGCGCGGUGCAAUAG